GUCAAUUACGUCAGGAACGUGACGGACUCGGUGGCGUUUUCGCUGGACCAAGAAAUGUCGCGAAGAAAACUUCGAAAAUCCAAACAGAAAUGGAAAAGCAAAAAAGAGGACAAGGCGAAAAUCAUCAGCUGUGUUGAGGAAAAGUGUGUGACGGCGAAGUGUGUGUGGGAGCGUGUGAACGCGGAGUCCACUGGCCGCAAACAGAAGACAUCAAAACAAGUGCAUUUCACCGUGCUGCCGGACAGAUACGAGCCUCUAGAGGAGGACAGAGUCUCGGAUACAGCCCCAGAAGAAAACCACAGGGAAAAACAACAGAAACACAAGAGGAUCCGCAAAAACUUUGGAAAAGCUCUUCGCUACACCUGGAAGUGUCUGGUCGUUGGACUGCAGAGUUUCAGCACAUCAUACUCCGGGCCUUUGGGUGCAGCUUCCCCUCUCAUCCCUGAGAUCUUAAGGACAAAGGGUAGCGCAUGAUGGGACAAAAUCCUUGUAUAACCUCCCAAAAGUUUCAUUUCAAAGUACAAAGUUUUCCAGAAUCAUUUAAUUGAUAUGUGAUUGAUGUUUCAGUAAUCCUGAGGUACUUUUCAGCCAAGUGGUCCAAAUUAUUCCCACUAGACUCCUUAGGUCUUAACUUAAUUUCCCAUAAAGGCCUGUAUUAAAUAAAGAAAACUGACAAACAAAAUCUUUAAUACUUUAUUAUUUUAUUCUUUGUGGUGGCUCAUUAGCAUAGUGUUUUUGAAUGAACUCUCAAAUUUAUUCAGACUGGUUUGUCUAUGUUAAGAAAAAAGGAAAGAUUUUUCAGGCUUUUCACAGCUGGUAUCCCACCAAAAAGACAUCCUAGAAGGAUUCACGCUUGGUGGAUUUUUCUUUGAUCAUGACCUAAGCAGUUUAAAAUCACGAUGAGUCAAGCAUGUGACUUUUCACCUAGUGCCAGUAACCUAAUCUGAACAUGUGAUUUCAUCUGUUAAUCAUCUCAGGUCAAUAAUCAAUUUUUAAGUCUAUCGCAAUUCAGCUUUUCACAUUAUUGUCAUCAUUAUAAAAUUAUAAAGUGUAUGGUAACUGAUAGUAAUAAUAAUAAUUGCUAUAAAGUAAAACAAAUGGAGUGUGUAGAGCAGUGGUCAGAGCUGAACAUUUUUAUACAGACAUUUUUGCUCUUUUAAGAACUAAAAAUCCUGUUGGAAAAUCUAAUGUGAAUGUUAUAGUGACAUAAACUGGUUUAAUAUGUAACAGUACAGUAUACUGGUAUACUCAUUUUGUAUUUUCAUAUAUUUUACAUUUUGACAAUGGCCUUAAAAACAAGCUUUGUGUGAUUAUAAAAGGGUUAAUGAUUUGAUUGCCAAAAAAAAAAAAAAGAUCAGCCACAACUAAUUUUGUAAUUUUUUUUACAUUUUAUAAUGCAGACACAUGCAAUCACUUAAAUAUUUUAAUACAGACAAAUACAUAGUUUCUGUGAAUGUUUUAUUGAGGACCUGAGGAUGUUGUGUUUAGAAAUUUUGUGAACAUUUAUAGUGUCAUGCAACGUAUAUUUUUUAAAACGUUUAUUUUAUUUGUUGUUAUUAAGUAAUGUUAUAUUUACUAAAUUCACUUGAAAAUUAUUUCUUCUUGUAAGGUCUCACACAGUGUAAUGUUAAAGUAUGGCUGUACUAAUUGAUAAGCUCAACCUCAAAGCUGGCUGUAGGUCACUUUUUUAAUUUAUAGAAAGUAGAGUGAAAGUUUAUAGAUUGAAAAGUAAAAAAAUCUGUUUAGAUGGUGAUGUUCACCAUUGUGUGGCAGUAUUGUGUCAGUAAUGACAGAAAAUCUACCAUUUCUGUUUGUGUUUUUGUGAUGGUCAGAUCUGAAAUGUAAUUUCACUUUUGUAUAAAAAUGAAAGAAAUAUCCCUAAAUAUCUUACAUUAUUGAUAAAGUCGCUACAAGGUGACUAUCAUGUCUUGUUCUGUUUUAAUGAGUUCCAUUUCAAUGCAGUCCAAUAAUGUUGGCAUUUGACUUCCAUUUUCUAGAAGGCAGUUAAACAUUGUCAUUCUUCAAAUAAAACUAAAGUGAAAAUGA